UUAUUCUUGAGUGUUUCAUACUUUUUUCGUCCUAGUUUUCUUCCCAUAAUUCCUUUGUUUCUUGUCCGAGUUUCUUAGGUUGCUUCGCGUUAAUGGGUCGCGCAGUUGCGCUGCGCUGCUCGAGCCUGUUAAUUUCGAUCAAAUCUCCGUGGCGCAUCUUGGUUUUAAUUCUUUGCGUGUCCUUCUUCAUUUAUUUAAUUUACGGAGUGAGCAGUCGAUCUUCCCUACCUUCAGCUGUAGCAGACUACACAGUCGAACAUGUGCCCAAGGACACGAAAAUCAUUCUGUUCUGGACCAAGUAUUUCGGAGAGGAGAAUCACCAUCUCCGCGAUAACUUGAACAACUGCCCCGUCUCCAACUGUUUCUUGACCAACGAUCGCAAGUACCUGCGUGCCAGUUCCGCUGUGAUAUUCCAUGGAAAUGAGUUUGAUGCUCAGGAUUUGCCUGGGAUUCGGUUUCCUAAUCAGUCGUAUGUGAUAUUUCUCAUGGAAUCACCGCCGUUCACUGUGAUAAAUUUAAAACAGGCAUUUCUUCAAUUUAACGUGGUCGUUUCGUCGUGAUGCGGAUGUGUUUUGUCGGGAUUAUCUGGAUAAUGUCUCCCCGCGGCCGUUUGUCAGUCGGGAUGAGGGGAAAAGGUUUUGGAUGCUAAACAUAACAAAGCGCUAUGGUUCGUGUCGAACUGCUACACGCCGAUCGACCGCGAAGGCUUUGUCCGCGAAUUGAAGAAA